AAGCGCAUAGAGGGACACGCGUAACGCGACAAUGGCGACUUGAGAAGUAUCGUGGCGUGCGUUCUCUCGCUAUCGUGUCUACUUCUGUGAAUUCGCACGAGUGUGUUUACCCGCGUACGCGCGUUCGUGAAUGCUCGGAUCGUUCGCGUCGGUGAGAGAUGCGUUGGCCGAGAGGUGUGAGCCGAAGUCGCGCACAAGCAGACUGCUGAGGCCAGUCAUCCAGGCGACCGACACACCGCGAUUCAUGGUGCUGGUGGACCUCGCCGAAAAAACGGCCGAGCCAUGCAUGCUUCCGUGUCCUCGUGCUCGUUAUAAUGCGCUGUCCGCGCGACUGCAGUCCGGACUGCAUCUUCUAUUUGUUGUAUCGUCAAGCUCUUAUCGAAGUGGAUCAGCAAUACUUAUUUGCCAUCAAAAUCCAGUGGUGCUGGCAUGACAAAAUAAGGGAAGCGAACGAGGGAGAUGAGCCACAAUAUAACAGGCAUGCCACCCUUCACGAGGAUGCCAUUGGGGGGUAUGGGGGGAAUGGGUGUGAGCAUGGGUCCCAAUGCUCCGCAUCCUGACUCUGCUGCUCAUCCCCAUCCACCACCACCACCACCGGCAGGUGCUAAUCCUAAGAAGAAAAGACGUACAAAUACGAGUGUUGCCCAACCACCCCCACAACAACCUCCGUCUGUACAGGAUCUACUACCCCCGCCUUUGACGGGUUAUGGUGACACGAUCGUCGCGAGUAAUCCUUUCGACGAUACACCACCACAAACUACGCAAAGCCCAAUGAUGCACGGUGGGCCUCCACAUAUGCAUCCUCAUCAUCCUCAUCACAUGGGUGGACCUCCAAUGCGAGGCAUGAGUCCUUUAACUUCGAUAGGUGGCAUAAAUCCCAUGAUGCCGCACAACAUGGGCAAUAUGAGCCCUCUGAGCAAUACCCCUAUGGCAAAUCACAUGAGCCACAUGGGAGCCAUGUCUCCUAUGAAUCACACUCCCAUCGGCGGCAUGAGUCCCAUGAAUAAUAUGGGACCGAACAUGCCACCCGGCCCGAUGAACACGAUGAACAAUCACAUGAAUAUGAGCCACAUGGGGAAUUCGCAACUGAGCGGCCCGCCGAUGGGUAGUCCGAUGAAUAAUAUGAACAGUGCGCCCAUGGGUAGUCCAAUGAACAACAUGGGGCACAAUAUGGGGAGUCCUAUGGGUGGACCUCUCGGUUCCCCGAUGAGCACUAUGGGGGGAUCCAAUCACAUGCCUAAUGGACCAAUGAAUAUGAACAACAUGAAUAGCCAUAUACCGCCCAAUAGCCCGUUAAACGGACCGUCGUUAAAUAACGUAAACAGUCCGUUAGGGCACAAUGGAUCUCAACCUCACCCAAAUCAUAUGGGAAGCAAUCUAAACAAUUUAGGGAGACCUAUGAAUGGACCUAUGACCACCAUGAGUUCGAUGGCGUCGAACAAUAUGAAUAUGACAGGUCCAAGUCAGAUUAAUAAUAUGAAUAUGGGUGGAGCAGCGAUUAAUAGUAUGUCGAAUAUGAAUAUGAGUCAUCAUAAUCAAAUGAGUCAUAUGGGAAUGCCAAUCGGUACUUUGCCGAAUAAUAUGGGUGCUGGACCACCAAUGGGACAUCCUAUUAACAUGGGUGGAUCUAUGCCUCCACAUGGAUUUCAAGGUCCGCCUGGAAUGGGUCCAAAACCGAUGCCAGUUUCCGCGGGCAAGAUAUAUCCUCCGGAUCAGCCGAUGGUAUUCAAUCCACAAAACCCCAAUGCGCCACCAAUUUAUCCUUGCGGGGUUUGUCAUAAAGAAGUGCACGACAAUGACCAGGCAAUUCUGUGCGAAUCAGGUUGUAAUUUUUGGUUUCACAGGAUUUGCACAGGAUUGUCCGAAUACGCCUAUCAGUUAUUAACGCAACAAGUUUACGCGGAGUGGGUGUGUGAUAAGUGUUUGCAGUCGAAAAACGUACCCCCAGUUAAGUUUAAACCAUAACACUUCUUGUCCCGUCGUUCAUGCGACGUCCCAGUGACUCUUUGUUAGCGUUUACGUAUGUAUACGCACGUAUGUGCGUGCGAUUGUGCACAUACACGUACACAUACACAAAAACACACAUACACAUCCAUAGCACAUGGUAAAAACUAGUGCACGUAUGAGAUCGUGCAUACAAUAUUAAAAAAAAAAAAAAUACACUGUUUGUUAACAACUUAGCUUUAACUUGUUGAGAUAUUAGAAUAUCAUUGUGAGUCGUAAUGGUAAAUACGAAAG